AUGUUCGGCUGCUUGGUGGCCGGGCGCUUGGUGCAGACUGACGCGGUUCAGGUGGCCUCGGACAAAUUUGUUUUCAACUUGCCGGAGUAUGAGAAGGUGAACCACGUGGUGGUGUUCAUGCUAGGCACCGUGCCCUUCCCGGCCGGCAUGGGCGGCGCCGUCUACUUCUCUUUCCCGGACCCGGAGAGCGGCGGGCCGGUGUGGCAGCUGCUCGGCUUCAUCGCCAACGACAAGCCGAGCGCCAUCUUCAAGAUCUCGGGCCUGAAGGCAGGCCAGGGCGGAGCGCACCCGUUCGGCGCGGUGGCCUCGGCCGCUCCCUCCGUUGCGCAGGUCGGCAUCUCGGUAGAGCCGCUGGAGCAGUUGGCCCAACAGACCCCGGUGUCCGGAGCGGCGGCGUCCACGGCAGACACGCUGCGGCUUUUCACGCAGAAGAUGUUGGACAGUUUGUACAACUUCGCGUCGUCCUUCGCUGUCACGCAGGAGCAGAUGACGCCCAACCCCAGCGAGAGCUUCGUCCCAGCCAGCUGCAUCCUCAAGUGGUACGACAACUUCCAGAGACGCAUGAACCAGAACCCCAACUUCUGGAAGAACUGA